AUGAAUGGACAUGGGACCGAAGUUCAGAGUGAGCGCAAAUCCCCUUCAUCUGCUCCCUUUGGGUACUCCUUUCUCUCCGCCAUGGACACCCCCUUUGAACAGGCACCUGCUCUCCCCCCAGGGCCUUCUCUUCUUGAUGAUAAUGAAUCCAAUAUGCUCGACAACUUCUUUACUACCAUGAAUGCAAACCACUUUACGAAUGAUUUUUGGAUGCGACAAGAACAUAAAUCCAACUUUGACUGGUCAGCUGAACUGCCACCCAACUUCGAGGGCUCCACCACGUCCCUGUCACAGCCUUCAUUUCAGAACCAUGGGCUAUGCAAAGCACCUGGAGGAAUGAUGACAGACAACCCUACGAGCUCGGAUAUAUUUGCCGCAGCCUCUAUGCUUUACCACACCGGCCUAAAUGGGUCAGAGUUAGGAUCCACGUUAGCACACCAGGCUUUCGGGGGACCAUCUCUUCCCAUUCCCGGGACACAUCGAACAAAUAAUUCACAAACUGGCAAUAUUGCACAUGUUUCAACUGCAUCUCCACCUCGGGCUGAUGUCCCGACUGGAUAUCAUACCUCGGAGAUGUUUUUCGACGUCCGUGACCCAAUUCCUGUGGACCAGCACCCCUCAAGAAAAGCCCGUAGUUUGCGUUGGGGCUCAGAUGCCAGUUUCAUGGAUCAAGGCUAUCUUCGCCCCCCUGACCAGCCCGACGAGGAACAACGGACAAAUGACUUGCUCGACCAUCUCGGAUGUUUUGAACCUCAAAGCAGUGCAGCAAACACACGAGCACCUAGUCCAGAGUGCAUGCCCGGCGAUCCCCCUCGGCGAUCAGCCUUCCGAGGUGUUGCUGUCCCGGACGAGAGCUUCCAUCCUCGAAAACGGCAAAGAGCCCUGAAAGAGGAGAAUGACGAAUACUCUGGUGACGAUGACGCACGGCCUCACUCAAGAAAAUCUAGAGGAUCUAUCGGCAGAGGCCGACGGGUGUCAGCGGACAUGUCUCGAAAAUCCCGACUACAGUCGGGGUCCAAAUCUGCACGAGAGAAUCUUACAGAAGAGCAAAAACGGACCAACCACAUUCUUUCAGAGCAGAAGCGUCGAAAUCUCAUUCGCCAAGGGUUCGAAGAUUUGUGCACACUCGUCCCUGCGCUCAGAGGCGGCGGGUUCAGCAAAAGCGCAAUGCUCACCGGUGCUGCUGACUGGCUUGAAGACCUUCUCCAGGGAAAUGACAUCCUCCAAAGCCAACUGCGUGACUUAAAGGGCAUCAGUGGAUUGGUGAUGCCGCGAUAA